GCCUAGACUCUCAGUACACUCCGCACCUGGCCGUGGAGCCCGCCUCAGUCCCCGGAGACCAGUUACAGCAGGAAAGCCUCAGGGAAAGCAUCUCAUCCGAGUUGGACCCAGGCAGCUGUUUCACAGGUCUCCUUGGGCACUUGAAGCUAAGGAUUACCUCCUGGUCGAGACUGGAACAAGGACUCAAGGAGGGUGACUUGAGAACAAAGGGUGAACCUCAGGCCACAGGUCUACACUGACCAUGUCCCAAGUGAUGUCCAGCCAGAUGCUGAGAGCAGGCCAUACUGUCUGUGUAGGCCCUCAAGAGGAGACCAGGAACAGCUUUCUUCCCGCCCGGAACACUAACCUGGCUCCCCAUUGUCCAUACUAUACCACUGAAGGCUGGGGAGCCCAGGUCCUGAUGGCCCCCACACACGGCAAGGGGCAGUCACUCCCCAGCCGGGGCAACUGUGUCCUGAGCCUCCAAGCCCCUGGAGCAGGACAGGCAGCACCAACAGUAACUAAGUCGAAUUGCCUCCCCCAGCCCAGAGUACAGCAGGAUACAGGCUGGACUGAUGAACGGGCUUCCUCCAUUGGCUUCUCCCUGGAGAGCCUCAACCAGAUGAUCCUUGAACUUGAUCCUAACUUUGAGCUUCUGCCUUCAGGGGCAGAAGGCCUCAGAGCAGACCCAGCUCCAACCCCCAAUGCCACAGUAUCAAGGAGCAAAAAAGAAGACCCAGAAGUAUUGGAUAUCAAGUAUAUUGAGGUGACAUCUGCCAAAUCAAGGUGCCAGGAACCGCCUCAGCGCUGUGCCAGCCCCUCAGUCAUCCCUUCCUGGGGAUCACCUCUCAGUGGCGGCAUCCUCCUCUGCAGAGACACCCCCCGUGAAAAGAGUGCCAGCAGCGAGAGCCUCAUUUUUUCUGGGAACCAGCACAGGGAACAUCACCACCUGCAUCAGCCUCCACCCCCGGUGGGACAGCGGCCAUCUCAUCACUUGUCUUCCCCUGGUAUCGCCAUUCCCCACCCCAAGAACAAGAACGCUGGUCCUCAGAGUGACAGCUUCCUCCUGGAAGCUUCUCCAGGCUCAGGAGCAAUGUCGAGGCCCUCGCCGGGGAGCUGGGCACUGCAGAGAGGUAGUGGGGCUUCUCUGUUGUCCAGCAGCCCAGGCUCUGACACCAGCUAUGUGUUUGGCAGCAGCCAGUCUCUACUUCCCACCACCACUUCCAGUCACCAGCCUGCCUACAAGUCCCCAGAAUGCGCCAGAGGCUCUUCCUCCAGCAUCCACAACCCUAGCACCUCAUCUCCCAGUGGGAGACCCAGCUACUUCCACCUCCAGAGCCCUGACUCAGCACUCACACCACCGGUCUCCACCUUGGGCCAGCCUGCUGGCUCACACUCACCUCCACUGCAGAAGGAACAUGCCAGCAGCUGCCCCCCUUCCAUUGCUAAUUCCAUGGUGGACAUCCCCAUUGUGCUGAUCAAUGGCUGCCCGGAACCAGGCCCUGCCUCCCCACAGCCUCCUCACAGACAUCACAGCUUUGUCCGGCCCAUGGUUGACACUCCCAGCAACCCCUAUGCAGCCCUCAGCAGCCACAGCAAGACCCCCUCCGAUGCCUCCCUUGCUUCCUCCUCAGAGGGUCCCAGCAGAGACAGUCCACCACCAACCAUGAAGUUUGUAAUGGACACAUCCAAGUACUGGUUUAAACCAAGCAUCACCCGGGAUCAAGCAAUCGAGCUGCUGAGGAUGGAAGAGCCAGGUGCUUUCGUGAUAAGGGACAGCACUUCGUAUCGAGGAUCCUUUGGCCUAGCCAUGAAGGUUCAGGAAUCCCCAAUAUCCCUUCAGAGUGGAUCAGGAGCAGAUGGCAGUGACCUUGACCUCGUCCGACACUUCCUCAUUGAAUCUUCAGCCAAAGGGGUGCACCUCAAAGGGGCUGGGGAGGAGCCCUACUUUGGCAGCUUGUCAGCCUUUGUAUACCAGCACUCCAUCAUGCCCUUAGCCUUGCCCUGUAAGCUAGUCAUCCCCAGGAAAGAAUUGGGAGGUGGAGAUGGGGCCCCAGAUCCCCCAACAGACAGCGAGACCUCUCGAUUGAAGAAAUCAGCCAGCUGCCAAGCUCUGUACCUGACCUCUGUGAGUGUGGAGACGUUGACUGGGGCCAUGGCCGUGCAGAAGGCCAUUUCCUCCACCUUUGAGAGGGACACUCUCCCCACACCUACUGUGGUCCACAUUAAAGUCACAGACCAGGGCAUCACUCUCACCGAUGUGCAAAGAAAGGUGUUUUUCCGGCGCCAUUAUCCACUUGCCACUCUCCGUUUCUGUGGCAUGGACCCAGAGCAUAGAAAGUGGCAGAAGUAUUGCAAAUCUUCCCGGAUUUUUGGCUUUAUUGCCAAGAGUUUGACAGAGCAUGCAGAAAACGCAUGUCAUCUCUUUGCUGAAUAUGACACUGUCCAGCCAGUGUCUCUGGUCAUCGACCUCGUGGGCACCCUGCUUCUGGAUGUAGAGAGGAUGUAGCUGCAACGGGAGGUGCAGAGGGCAGCUGGCCAAGGGAUGCUCCCCAUUUCUCCCUGAACACCCUUGCCCAUCUCUGCCUGAUAGAGGAGAGUGGCCAAGGCCACACUUCUAGACCAGCCUCAGGAGAGUCCAGGUUGCCACCUCUGUGGAAGACUGGAAAGAGAUUGAUGAAACUAAUUCCAGACCUAAAACCUCCAGACAUUGACAGAACUGUCCUGGUCAAGGGUUGAGCUCUUCUGUAGAGCAGAGUGCGACUCAAUAGUAUGUGCUUAGACCCUGUCCAGUGGAGACCAGAGAGCACCAUGCCUGAGAUACUACAAGGAGGGAGUAAACUGUGCCCCCCCCCAUGUUCAAGGAAGACACCAAUGAGGUGGGAAGGGCUCUGUCUCUACUCCAGUCUGGCUCCUUUAUCCCUAGUAUAAUACAGUCACAGAAUCUUGGAGUGAGUUUAUCCAGCCAGUGCUACGUUUGAAGGCUGUUCAGGCCAGCUCCCCUCCGCCAACCCCUCACACACAGGACCACUGCCACUACCACCAGCCCUGGCUUCUAGGAAAGCUGAAAUCUGGGAUCAGAGCAUCUUGUCCAGAAAUUCUUAACCUAGGGUCCAUGAACUUGGUUUUUAAUAAUAUUUUGAUAACUAUA